AACACAUCAUUCUUUAUUAAUGUCUUUUCAAUGAAUCCACACCACCAAUCAUAAUCAACGGCCUUCCCUCAUUCAUAUUUACCAGAAUCUUCACACAACUUGGACCCCUUUAUUUAUUUAAAUUUCCCAUGCAUGCAACCACCAACCCUAUAACUACCCCCACACACUCACCAUUCAUACACAAACCUAAAAAAACCUCCCAAAAAAACCACACUUAAACAUACACCAUAUAAUAACCACACAUAUAGAUAUCCAACAAAAAAUGGGGAAGAAAUCGACGUGUUCUUUCCUUGGACUCUUGAGAUUCAAGACGAAGAAGAAGGCGCGGAGCGAAGAAGAGGACUAUUACACGAGGGAGGACGACGACGGGUUAGUGAAGAAGGCAUAUUACAAGGUGUGGCCGAGCGAUGAAGAUCGAGUCGGUUGGGUGGCCGACCCCGAGAUUGAUGCCAAAGCGACUGCUUUCCUCAACUGCAAACGCCAGCUGUUUCGUUGCGUCCCACCUGACCACACGGACGCUGACGUCGUCAGCGAAUAACCUUUUGUAUAUGGGUCGAUCAGGUAAUGAUCGCUCCGAUGUACUAUGGGUGCAAAU